AUGUCUGAGCUGCCCCUGUGUCUUGCGCCCGGCUUGCUGGGAGACAUGACUAUUGAAAAGGAAGAGAUCGUCAAUCUCAAUGUCAUCGAGCAAAUAAACUAUUCCGGCUUUGAACGGCGCUUCGCAUUCGUUCCGCUCGCCGGAACCUACUCUCAGUACCUGCUCCUUCAUCACAUGAUCAACGAAAUUGGAGCAGGCAGAGCGAUUUUUACAAACCAGAUCGAUAACGAACUUUACGGUGGCAUUUGGUUUGAGUACUUUGAUAAUGACAGCUACCCGGAGCCCAAAGCCUGUGCUGUCGAGUAUCUACGCGAAUAUCUUAACGUGUGCUGUGAGCAGUGGAAUUUGAAGCAUGGGGCUUACUAG